AUGGACAUUGCAGACCACGUGAUGUAUUGCUUGCCUCUCGGAGCCUUUGGUGGUGUUGGUUAUUCUAUCAUGAACAGAGGUCUUUCUGUAUACAAUGAUAAGCUGUGCACCUCUGUCAGCACUCAAAUGCACGAAGUUGGCCACAACUUGAACCUUGGGCACUCAUCAGAAGGUACCGAAAAGUAUGGAGAUCAAAGUGGAAUGAUGGGAUACUCUUAUCGAUCCAACGAGGCUCCCAAGAUGUGCUACAAUGCCGGAAAGAGCUUCCAAUUUGGGUGGUUCCGGGACAAGACGUCUUCGUACACUCCGGGAGAACCUGGCUGGGCAGAUGAUCGUGCCUUCAAUCUUGCUAGCAUCGUUGACUACGAUACUACCAACCACGACGUGACUGUCGACAUCGUGCAACCGCAGCUCCAACUUAAUUAUUAUGUCAGUUUCAAUGCCGGCAAAGAGGUCAACUCUGGAGUCAGAGAAGGAAAUAAUCAAGUACUUAUUUUCCAGAAGGCAUUGAUCGAUGGGAACGAUUCUUGGCGCGUUGCCGAUCUUGCUGCUGGCCAAUCUUUCACCGUAUCUGACUUCAAUGGUAAAACGGGAGACAAGUUUACGAUAUCUGUAAACUCAAUCAAUCUUGGAACCAGCGAAGCAGUUCUCCGAAUGCGGUUGCAGCGAGCCAGACGCCCAACUCCGUCACCAACUCGUUUUCCGACAAGAGCUCCAACAGCUGCUCCCACACCCAGACCAACUCGUGGUGCUAUAGGAAGAAAUCCUACACCAGAUGGUUCAGGUGUUAUCGAUUCCUCCUGCCAGGGUGCUUAUCAGGCUUGCUCGAACACCGCAGAAUGCUGUGCAGGGUACUUCUGCCGCAGAGUAUGGGUUUCUCCAAUGUUUGCAGAGCAGUUGCUAAGAACUCCAAGGACACCUAACUGGUGGGACCGUAGAUUGCGUGGUGAUAGCACUGUAAAUAGGCUUCAAUAUCCUGAAGAUGAAUUGGCCACGUCAAACUAA